AUGUUUCGCUAUACCGAAUUUGCAGUGCUACUUGUACAUGUGUUAAAUGUGUCGCACCCUGCGGCUGUAGAAGGAUCCAGCAAGUACAUUAGGGAAUUAGUGAAAGACGUAUUUGUAAUUUUGCGAAAGUUAGCGUUUAAAAAACGAGAAAGGCCUGCUGACCAGCUGGAGACUGUGGCUGCAAAGGAAAGUGAGGAAAGGCUGAACCUAGGAGACCAAUUGGUUAGCUAUCAAAAGGAGAUGAAAAUUCUACAAGAAAAGGUGAUCAGCGCAAGCAGAGAACACAAGGAGGAACGAGAACACAUUUUUCGGGAGCUGGAGACUAUAGCUGCAAGUGCAUCUGAACAAAAGUUGAAAUUUCAAGACCAACUGGCAACAUUUCAAAAGGAGACGGAAGUUCUGCGCCAACAUCUGAAGAAACAAAUGACAGACCACCAGGAGGAACGAGAACACCUUCGGGAGCUGGAGGCUAUGGCUGCAAGUGCAUCUGAACAAAAGUUGAAAUUUCAAGACCAACUGGCAACUUUUCAAAAGGAGAUGGAAGUUCUGAAGAAACAAAUGACAGACCACCAGGCAAAACGACCAAAUAUUUAUGGUGAUCAGGAAGAUACAACUCAAUUGACAGUUAUGGAUAAGGCAACCUUGGAAAACCAGCUGGCUAGCUGCAAAGAAGAGAAUGAGAGUCUACGACAGCACAUGAAGAAAAUGGAGGAAGCCCACCAGGAAGAACGAGCAGAGCUCCUUGGUGAGUUGAAGAGCUUGGCUGCAAGGUCACUUGAGGAGAAGUUGACCUCGCAAGCCCAACUAGCAAAAUGUCAGAAGGAGACGGACAUUCUAAACCAGCAGCUGCUGAAACAAGUGGCAGACCACCAGGUAGAACAGUCAGAACCUGGUGACAAACUCGGUGAUAUGGCUGAAGGGACAAACAAAGAAGAGGUGACCAUGGUUAUCCAGCUGAUGACAUGUCAGGAAGAGAAUGAGAAUCUAUAUCAUCACAUAAUGCAAGUGGAAGCAGCCCACUAUAUAGAACUAGCAAAUCUUGUUGCUGAGCUGCAGUGUAUGUCUACAAGGGAACUGCAAGAGAGAACGGUAUUUGAGAACUUGCUGGUGAUGAGGCAAAAUGAGUUAGUAUUUCUAUACCAGCAGACCAUGAAAGGAAAGCCAGACCACUGGGUAGAACAAUCAGAACCUGGUAACAGACUCGGUGAUAUGGCUGAAGGGACAAACAAAGAAGAGCUGACCAUGGUUAUCCAGCUGAUGAGGUGUCAGGAAGAGAAUGAGAGUCUACGUCAUCAAAUAAUGCAACUGGAAGCAGCCCACCGUAUAGAACUAGCAAAUCUUGUUGCUGAGCUGCAGUGUAUGUCUACAAGGGAACUGCAAGAGAGAACAGUAUUCGAAAACUUGCUGGCGAUAAGGCAAAACGAGAUAAAAUUUCUACACCAACAGACCAAGAAAGAAGAGUCAGACCACUGGGUAGAGCGAUCCAGACCUGAAAGCAACCUGGAGGGUAGUGCUGAAUGGACAGGCAAGGAUAAGGUGACCUUGGAGAAUCAGCUGGCUAGCUGUCUGCAAGAGAAUGAGAGUCUGCGACAUCAUAUGAAAUCACAGGAAGCACUCCACCAAGUAACACGAGCAAACCUUAUAGCUGAACUGGAGACUGUGGCUGCAGGAAGACUAAAGGAGAGAACAGCAUUUGAAAAUGCGCUGGUGUUGUAUCAAAACAAGAUAGAUUUUAUAUGCCAACAAAGUAUGACAGGAGGGCCAGACCACCAGGUAGAGCGAUCCAGACCUGAAAGCAGCCUGGAGGGUAGUGCUGAAUGGACAGGCAAGGAUAAGGCGACCUUGGAGAAUCAGCUGGCUAGCUGUCUGCAAGAGAAUGAGAGUCUGCGACAUCAUAUGAAAUCACAGGAAGCACUCCACCAAGUAGCAGUAGCAGACUGUGUUGCUGAGCUGGAGAGUAUGGCUACAAGGGGACUACAAGAAAGGAUGGUGUUUGAAAAUCUUCUGGAAGGGUGUCGGAAAGAGACAGAAAUACUGCGCCAACACAUCAUGGAAAAAGAGAGAUACCACCAGGUAGAACGAUCAAAACCUGAUAGCAAGUUGGAAGAUAUGGUUAUACGGACACAUAUAGAAAAGACGAUGUUGGAGAACUACCUGGCGCACUGUCUAGAAGAGAAUGAGAGUCUACAACAUCACAUAAUGGAAAUAAAAGCAGCCUACCAGGCAGAACUAAUUGGCCUAUUUGCCAAGCUGGAGUGUGUGGCUGCAAGGGGACUACAAGAGAGAGCAAUGUUUGAAAACCUGCUGGUGAAAUGUCAAAACGAGAUAGAAUUUUUAUGUCAACAUGCCAUGGAACAAAAGUCAGACCACCAGGAAGAACAAGCAGCGGUUGCUGGCCAGGUGGAGAGGGCACAAGCAGAGACUAGCAAUUUGAAAUACACGCUGGAGACCUAUGUAAACAACUUAGAAUUUCUAUACCCAGAACUAUGAGAAAGAAACAUUAGACCACUAGAUAGACAAUGAACUGAACCCGGGACUGAUACAAAGUUCCUGUAUCUUCAUGUAAAGCACAGCCAUUUGUAAGGAUUGAAGUUCAUGCUACUAGGAAUUGCAGAUUAUUGACUUGCUAAAAUAAUGCAACAUAGUAUAUGUAAUGUUCACCAAAACUG